UGGAGCAAGAGGCGGCAGGUGCACUUAAUUAAAAAAAAAAAAAAAGCUCCCGCGAGGCACAUUCCGGAGAGAGAGGCGCGUGGCGUCUUGUUCACAGAAUUGGAGGGCGCGGGAAAGAAGGAAGGGAGCAAGGAAUGCCCCUAAAGGGAUAGGGGACAAGGAGGCAAGCCUAGUGGGAAAAGGCGGUGGGAUCCAACAAUAGAAAAAAAUUUCAGCAAAGGGGAGAAGCAAAGCCUGGGGGAAGUGUUGGAGUUUGUAGAGGAACAUUGGAGUGUUAUUAUUUGAUGGAGACAACUACCAGUUGCAAGAGCCCCUAUGUCAGAGUAACUCCUAGGAAGCGUACAUAUCUACAAAAGCCAGAGCCUCAGGCUCGGAAAAGGCGUUCAUCUCAGCCACGUCCGAGAACUACCCUGGCAGGGCUUUUCAACAACCUACGAGAAAGAAUAUAUUCCCAGCAAGAAAAUUCUGUAUCAGAGUGCCAGGUUUUAUGUAAAGCUAAGAAUUAUAUCCAGGAACUGGAGCAAACCUUGGAUAACUUGCUGAGGAUGAAAGAGGUCUUAAAUCUGGAGGAUGGGAACCCAUCAAAUAUGGAAGAAGUAAAGGAAGAAUACAUCAAGACAUACUUCAGCAAUCACAGUCUAGAGCCCUCUUCAAGUAACCCCACGGUGUGGUAUGUGGUCCAGGAAAAGGAGAAGAACUCAGCAGAAGGAGAUAUAAAUCUAAGGCUUACCCAGUCACCAGUUACCUCUUCUCCUGACCUCAUGGAGUUUGAACGAUACUUGUAUUUUUACGAACAGACUGUAGACCUGCUGGUUGAUAAUGGGGUUGUGAGCCCUGAAGAGAUGACGCUCCCUGUGGUCUCUACAGCUGUCUCCCACCUGUGGCAGGACCUCCCUGAAGAAAGGAGGGACAGUGCCUUGCAGUACUGUAGUCAGAGGCAGAAGUUCAUCUCUGAGGUCAAGACAGCCUCCCAGGAACCUGCCUGGACCCAAAGCAGCAGUGCAAGGGAUAGCGGAACGAAUAGUCAGGAAGCCGGUGGGUCAGUAGGAUCCACACCAGAAGAGAUCCUCUUUGAAGAUGCAUUUGAUGUGGCCACCAGCUUUCUUGACAGAAACAAAACUCAAGAAAUGUCCAGUCAAAGCUCAGCUUUCACAGGCUGCUCUUCAGAAAGUCAGGAGGAUAACCAUCGCCUCUACCUGCAGAUCACCAGCUUCUUGAAAAGCCUGUUUUUUGCCAGCAUGCAGCCACCUCAGGAAGAGGUUUUCCAGUUGGAUUACGAAACUGUGAUGCUGAGAUGUACAGAAACAUUUGAUGAUGAAGAUUUGUGAAUGAACCUCUGUCUAUUAAUUAGGAAAAUUGCAAUUUUUUUCUCAAAGGCCCCUCACUCUCUCACCCAAGAUUGCCAUAGGAGGGCAGGGGAGAUGUUUGCACCCAUUUCUACUGGAUGCAUCAUGUUUGGAAUAGUUUUGUUUAUAUUGACUUUAUAGUUUUUGUCCGGUUCAGUUAUUUGUACUUUUUACAUGCAUUGGAAUUUGAUAUUUAUAAACUUUUUAAACUUUUAAAAUCAUACAUCUCAUGUUUGGUGCUAACAUUUUGGGAAGAAGUUGGGUUUGAAGGGUCACACCAGAAUUCCAAGUCUAGCAAUGUCAUUGUGGAGUCAUGGAGUACAUACAUAAUGGUCCUAUAGAAAUCUGGUGAAAGUUUUUAAAAAGUUAGAUAUGUAAUCCAAAUAAAAAACUAUUCCUAUGCUCAUUGUUAACAGAUACGCCCAGCUCUGUUCCUAACCCCUUUGCAAGAACUGGUUUUAACAACAUAUAGAAGUUAGUUAUUCUGAUGAGGUGGAUGGGUGGGUGGAUGGCUAGAAGGAGAUAAAGGGGGAGAGGUAAUAUGAAAGAAGGUGAGAAUGAGGGAAAUUAAUUAGAGAAGGAAUAAGAUGAGGUUAAUUAGAGAUGGAGGAAGAAGUGGAGGAGAGAUAAAGAGAGAAUUAAGAGAAGAAACUUUUCCCAAGAAUUAUGGGUGCGGUGAAGGGAGAAGGUGAAAGAAACUGAGGAACAUAGUAUCUAAAGAAUUAGGGAGAUAAGUAUAGGCAGGUGGAGGUGAGGUGGAGAAGGAGAAAGCGGAUGAAAAAGAUAGAAGGCAACAGUGUUAGUCAAGAGAUAUGAGGCAGGUAAAGAAUAGGGACAAAAAAGAAGAGAAAGUGGGAUUGAGAAUGGAAAAAGUAAAGAAUGUAGUAUCUAGGAAGCGGUGAAGGAGAUGCAUGUGUACAGGCUUUUUUUUGUUUUGCUAACAGUACAAAUAGCCUUAUGCCUCAGAUCAAGAAAGGAAACAAUACUCAUCAUCAUGCUCAAUCACUGGUGGCCGAGUAUGAUUGUCUUCCACAGGUAGAGUCUUGGCAGUGAAUCCGUAAGUGACUGGAGACCUAUUCUGGAUCCAAAUGGUCUUUCGUAGUAGUGAGGACAUUUCCAGAUGGAAAGCAGCUAUGACAAGGAUUUGCUUGAUGCGCCUUCCUCUUGGCACAUUUCUCCCAUUCACUCUCUAUUCGUGCCUCUUCAACAUCCACAGCAUUGUUGAAAAUAGCUGACCUCCAGUUAGAGUGCUUGAGGUCCAGGACUUCCCAGUUCUCGGUGUUUAUUCCACAUUUUUAGGGUUAACUUUAAGCCCAUCUUUAGAUCUAUUUUGCUGUCCACUGACAUUCCAUUUUCCAUUCUUAAGCUCAGAGUAAAGUAAUUGCAUUGGAAGUUGGGCAUUCAGACAGCAUGGCCAGUCCCGCAAAGUUGAUGGCAGAGAAUCAACACUUCAAUGCUGGUGGUCUUUGCUUCUUCCAGAGCGCUGAUGUUUUUCUGCCUGUCUUCGCAAGAGAUUUGCAGGAUUUUUCAAAGACAACGCUGAUAGAAUAUUUCCAGAAGUCGAGAGUGAUGUUUGUGGAUGGUCCAUGUUUAGCAGGCAUACAAGAGUUGGAAGGAUAAUAGCUUUAUAUGCAAGCAUCUUGGUAUCCCUAUGAAUGUCCCAGACUAUCCCUCUGUCAAUAAUCUGGCCCCUAGCAAGUGCAGGAAUGAAUAGUUAAAGCACCGUUGCUUAAACGUUUCCAAAUAGGGAAAGUCAAUCAUCCUCAAAGACAGUCCUCCAAGUCAGUGUUUGGAAUUAUAUAAGCAGAAGACUGCAUUGUGCAUUAAUAUGUUAUGCAUAACCUCUUAUUCUCCCUAAAAUGUAAGAUUUUUUUUUAAUUCUUUAGUUAUAAUGAUAAUUCCAAUCAACAAGCAGAACCAGUUUUCAACUGGGGCAAAUCAGUAACAGAAUCAGUAAGAGAGGAUCAAAGAGAUGAUAGGAAAGGUUAGAAUGAAACAGCAGAAACCCAAACAUACCAGAUAUGCCUUUUCUCUCUCUCGACUCUCUUAUGGCUGUUAAUAGAUGUUAUUUUGUUUUCUGUUAAUAUGUGUAGGACUUCUGCCAAAAAGAGAGGAAAAUCCAUCUUUUGCUUCUCUGCCUGGUCAGGAAGAUCCUCCAUUCUCAAAGUGACCCCUUCUUUGGCCAUCUGUCGGGGGUGCUUUGAAUGCGAUUUCCUGCUUCUUAGCGGGGGGUUGGACUGGAUGGCCCAUGAGGUCUCUUCCAACUCUACUAUUCUAUGAUUCUAUGAUUCUACACUGCCACAUAAAAUCCAUAUUAUCUGUUUUGAACUGGAUUAUAUGGCAGUGUAGACUCACAUAAUCCAGUUCAAAGCAGAUUUCUCAAAGCAGUGUAAUAGGAAGAAAUGUUUGGAGAUCUUGUAGGCAUCUUUUUAUUCACUUGAUAGGAUCUUAAAUUGCAUGAUAUAAUAAUUCCAUUUGCUUUUAUAUGUAUUCAGGUUCGUAAUAUUUCAUAUACAGUAGAGUCUCACUAAUCCAAGCCUCGCUUAUCCAAGCCUCUGGAUAAUCCAAGCCAUUUUUGUAGUCAAUGUUUCAAUAUAUCGUGAUAUUUUGGUGCUAAAUUCAUAAAUACAGUAAUUACAACAUAAAAUUACUGCGUAUUGAACUACUUUUUCUGUCAAAUUUGUUGCAUAACAUGAAGUUUUGGUGCUUAAUUUGUAAAAUCAUAACCUAAUUUGACAUUUAAUAGGCUUUUCCUUAAUCCCUCCUUAUUAUCCAAGUUAUUCGCUUAUCCAAGCUUCUGCCAGCCCGUUUAACUUGGAUAAGUGAGACUCUACUGUAUCUGCCAUUGCUUUCAUGGUAGUCAAAUUGUUAACUUCUUCAGCUUUUGUUAUUUUAAUGUAAUGCAUUCUGUGUUUUCAUUAUUUUUGUAAGGAGCCCCCACUGGCGCAGUAGGUUACCCUUGUGCCGGUAGGACAGCUAGACCGACAGAUCGGCAGUUUGAAUCUGGGGAGGGUGGGUGUGCUCCCUCUGUCAGCUCCAGCUCCCCAUGCAGACAUGAGAGAAGCCUCCCACCAGGAUGGUAAAACAUCAAAACAUCCGGGCAUCCCCUGGACAACGUCCUUGUAGAUAUCCAAUUCUGUCACACCAGAAGCAACUUGCAGUUUAUCAAGUUGCUCCUGGCACGAAAAAAAUUGUAAAAACAUACUUGAAAGUAGGCAAAAUUAAGGGCGACUUUCCUGCUAAUGAUGAGGCCCCUGCACUUUAGAAGUACUUAUGGGGAUUCAGGCCAUUUUUUCUAAUGGCUGGAAAUAGAAAUGUCAUUCUUUUUGAGAAUUAUUUGAAUUACGAUAGCGAAGGCUGUCAUUCAUUGGUUUCAGUCCAGUUAUUAGGUAAGAAGGAGAUACUGAAAAGCCCCAAAAUGGAUCUGGCAAGUCCAAUGCUCCUCUUUUGAGGGACCUGCUUAGGCCAUUAGGACUUUAUGCUUAGUAAUGGAUAGACAAUUAGUGAAGGGCCUUUCCUCAGGAGUAUGUGUCCUAUAAACAAUGCAGUUUAUGCUGGAUCAUCAAACACAUGACAAAAUACCAUAAUUGUGCUAUGCUUAGGUAAUCAUCCAAGCCAAAUAGUGAAUAGGAUCCCUCACCAGUAUAAGUGAAUGCCAAAGCCAUUGUAUUUCCAAUUUUUGUGUAUGGUUGUGAAAACUGGACCAAGGGUGGAGAGUAAUGGCAAGAAGAUAAAUGAUCUCAUUUGAAAUGUGAUGCUGGAAGAGAAUUCUGAAGAUACAAUGGACCGCCAAAAAGGAUCCUAGAGCAAAUCAAGCCUCAAGUCUCUCUGGAAGCUGAAACUGUCACACUUUGGACCAUAUUGUGAGAAGAUUUGACUCACUAGAAAAAACAAUGCUUAGUAAAGUAGAAGGCAGCAGGAAAAGAGAAAAGCCACAUUACAGGUAGACUUUACUGAGGAAGCCAUAGCCCUUAAUCUGUCUGCAAGACCUUAGCAAAACUAUUGAUGAAAAGGUGAUCUGGAGGUAUCAUUCAUGGAGUUGCUAUAAUUGAUUUGAUGGCAGUUAAUGACAAACAUUUCUGAGCCACUUGCAAUACCUCCAUACCAGAAAGGUCAGGAAUUUAAGGAAGGCAGCUUUCACAGUCUUCCCUUUAAUCAGCCAAAUAAUUAUUAAAUGCAGGCUUUCAGGUCAUUAUUGGUGGCUGGGUGAAGAGUUUACAUUGUUUUAAUUAUUGCUUUCCAUAUCAAAGUCUCAUGGAAAUACUUAAAAUAUGCCGGAGCUGGGUUGUCAAUUCAGAGUAAUUAAAAACGGUCAAGCAUGACCGCAAUCUGUAUAAUUAUUGAGUUCUAUAAUUUCCUGACCAACUUUUCUGUAUUAAGGUAUGCUUAGGAAGGGCCCCUAGGUUAUUAAAGCAUAAAAGAAUGUAAUACAAACAAAAGGUCAGUAUCAAAAGUGAUUAAGAAGAAGCAGUCAGAUUAAGGAUGGAAUAGCAGUUGGAUCUCUUCAAGAUCCAGAAAACAUAAUUUCAGAUCAUAUCAAAAAUGGUAUUUUCUCAGGAAGCCAUUUCUUAAUCUAGAUGCCCUGCCACACCUCACAAGAUGAAGAAAUCAGAUGUAAAGUUUUUAUUUAAUUAUUUCAUAUCAAAAGCAUUGCAUAAAUUAGUAUAAAACUGAUGGAAAUAGAAGGAACACAAGCGGCUCAAUAUCUUUUGACCAAAAACGGGCAACAGCGACUGCAUUGUCUAUAUCCUCAAACAAUUCUUUCUCUGUACAUGAGGCAGGACAUUGUGGACAAGUAUGCAGAUGUGGACUUGUCUGUUCUGUUCCACAGUCCCAAAAGGUGGAGGAUUAUUUUAGGUAGUGCCAUUUUGCCAGGUUGUCUUUGGAUCUGCCCACUCCACUUCUGAGUCUGUUCAGGGACUUCCUGGUUUCCCAUUCUUGGUUUGCCCCCGGAGGAAGACCCUUGCGGGGUGGGAGGUGGUGUCCAACCGGGAUUUCCUGGUUUAGCUGCCCAAAAGGAUACCCAUGCUGUUGCUGGGGGAACAUUAAGAGAAAUGAUGGUUUUCAUCAAGCUUUUCCUUGAUUUGAGUCUACUUGGAGGAGGCUGAUAGCCAUGCAAUGGAUGGCUUUCAUAGCGUUCAGUCUUAUUUCUCUCACAGUUAGCAGCAACUUCCCAUCAUACAUCGGGGGGAGAUGCCAGCUAGCUUGUAGAG